AUGAAGGCAACCAAUGUUGGAAUGUAUAGACCUUAUGGAUUGGCAGUUGACAAGAAAAACGGUAAUAUUUAUUAUGCAGAAUCGGGUAAUCAUCAAGUGAGAUACUUGGAUUCGAAUAGUGGAAUUUCACAUUAUUUUGCUGGAGCACCAAAUUACCAAGCAGGUGUUGGUUCAGAUAGUUUGGCUUUCGCCAAUGAUUCUCUGACUAAUCCAUAUGGAGUAGCAAUCAAUUCGAAAGUUUCGCCAAAAGAUGAAAUUUUCAUUUGUGAUAACAAUAAUAUUAGAAAGAUUGUGAAUGAUACCUUUUAUAAUGUUGUUGGAAAUGGACAACUUGGAAAUAGUCCAGAUGGCACGCCAGCUGUCACUGCUAGUAUUAAAACUGCAUAUGGAAUUGCUUUUCAUCCAGUAACAGCGAUUGUUUUUGAUUCGAAUGGUAAUUUAUUUGCUCUCAGCUUGACAAAAGGUCAAGUUAUCAAAAUUUCUAAUGGUGUUAAAACUGUCAUUGCCAACAAUGCAGGAGUUGUUGGAUUCAGCGGAGAUGGAGGUAGUGCUCUCAAUGCUCGUUUUACCUAUCCAUCUGGAUUAGCUAUUUAUGGAAAUAGUUUAUAUGUUUCAGAUUUUGCUGACUAUAGAAUUAGAAAAAUCGACUUGGUACUUGGAAAUAUUAAUACAGUUGCAGGAGAUGGCUCAAUAAGAUAUCAAGUACUUUCAGGAAAUGUUUCGAAUAUUUCACUUUUGAAUCCAGUAUCUACAUUUUAUAAUUCUAAAAGAGAUGAAUUGUUGGUAGUGGAUAGUUCAGUUGGAGUUGUUUUAAAACUUAAUUCAGUUGCUAAUUAUGGAAAUUCAUUGGUUGACCGUGUGGCUGGAACUGGAAUUAUCGAAUUGGACACUGAUGGAAAAUUGGGAAAUUUAACUUCGCUUUAUACUCCCAUUUCAGUUACUCAAUCAGAAUCCUCAAGUGAUAUUUACAUUGGUACCACUAUUGGAAUUAAGAAACUAACCGAUUCUAAUAAGCUUAUUUCAUCUUUUGCUGGUUCACAAGCUUAUAGCUCUGGAGAUGGAUAUCCAGCUACUGCAGCUAGAUUGUCAAGCCCAGAAGGAAUAGCAAUCUCAACAAGUGGUGAAGUUUUCAUCAGUGAUAAGGGCAGUCACACUAUUCGAAAGAUUGAUUCGAAAGGUGUCAUCUCCACUGUAGCAGGAACUGGUUCAGCAGGAUAUGUAGAUGGACCAGCAUUGAAAGCCAAGUUAAAUGGACCAGGUUUUCUAGCUUUCACACCAAAUGGUGAUUUGUUAAUUACAGAAUCUUCCAACAAUCGAAUUAGAAAGUUGAGUUUCGUCUCUGGAAAUAUUACAACAAUUGCUGGAACAGGAAAUACCACAUAUAAUGGAGAGGGAUUGUCUGCGCUCUCCACAAAUAUGAAUUAUCCAUCUGGUAUUUGCGUUAAUGCAAGUAAUGGUGAUAUUUUCUAUUCAGAUGGAUUCAAUGCCACUUCCACCUCAGUUUAUCCAAGAGGUUUAGCUAUUCAUCCAAUUAGUUUAGAAUUGUAUUUUGUUGACAUUGGUGGUAGUACUGGAAAAUAUCUCAUUAGAAGAGUUAAUUCACAAGAUGGAAAGGUCUAUACAGUAAUUGGAGGUGGUCAAUCACUUUCUGCCACAAGUUUAGCCAAUGCAACAAAUAUUGGCGGAGUUUCUGCAAUUUCAUUCGCUCCGAACGGAGAUUUGUACUUUGACAGUCCGUCUACUCAUGGCAUUAAGCGAAUGAUUUAUGGUUCGAAUAUGGUUUCGACUAUUGCUGGACUAGUGUCCUAUAUGGCCACAACUGGUGAUGGACCUGCUUUGUCCACAAGUAUUGCCGUUCCUCAAUGUGUAGUUUAUUGGAAUGGUGAAGUUUAUUUUGUCGAUGUGUAUUUGAUUAGAAAGGUUUCGUCUGGACAGGUUGUUACGAUAGCUGGUGGAAUUGGAGAUGGAGGUUUAGCUGUCAAUUCUGAGCUGUCAACUGUUUCGUCUAUGGCCCUUACUGAUACAGAUCUAUACCUUUCCGAUAAGGGAAAUUAUAGAAUUCGAAAGGUUUCAUUUUCAAGUGGAUUAAUUGAUUCAGUGGUUGGUGCUUAUUAUUACACUGAUAAUGGAGAUAAUUUUGCCAAUAAGACAAAUAUUAAUCUUGUUAAUGAUAUUAGAAUUCUUAAUAAUCAAAUUCUAUUUACCGAUUCAGGAAAUAACAAAAUUAGAAAGACAGAUAUUUCUGGAAAAGGCAAAGUGACAACUAUUGCAGGAAAGGGAACUAAUAUAGGUAUUGUUUCAAUGCCAGAAAAUGAAUUGGCAACUCAAUCCUAUCUCAAUAACCCAAGCUCAGUUGCUUAUUUACCAAAUGGAGAAGUGAUUAUUGCAGAUACCAAUAAUAAUGUUAUUCGAAAGGUUGACUUGAUUGGAAAUAUCACCUUAAUUGCAGGAAAACCUUUCCAAGCAGGUUUCAAUGGAGAUUCUUCCAAUGCAAAGAAUUCAUUGUUGAACAAUCCAACAGGAUUAUCAACUUUGAAAGAUGGCAGAAUUGUAUUUGCUGAUACCAUGAAUAUGAGAAUUAGAAUGUUGACUCCUUAUUGUCCAGUUGGAUAUAUUAUGAAUCAAUUACCAUCGGGUGGAUUGGUGUGUAACAUUACAACAUGUUAUGGAGUUUCGUUUGAUGAUUCGAAAGUUUGUUCUGGUAAGGGAACUUGUCAAGCAUUGAAUAGUUGCUCUUGCUUGACUGGAUAUUCAGGAUUGGAUUGUUCUAUUGCUGAUUAUUGUACUCUUUAUCCAACUUCAACUGUUUGCUCAUCUUCAUCUUUCAACACAACUGAAUCUCAAACAAGCAUAGUUUCGAAUAUCACUCAAUUAGAUUCAAAGACUAUUCAAUUUUCGUCAACUCCAUCCAUUUCAAUUUCACUUCCAUCAAUCAUUUCUCAAUAUCUUCAAAGUUCUGAAAUUUCUCUGAAGAAUGAUUCAGUUCAAGUAGUUUCUUCUCUAUCUGAAAGUAAGAAAUCCGAAACUGCUGUAAUUUCUCAAGUUGUUUCAUUAGUUUUAUUGAAAUCAAAUUCAAAUGAAAAGAUUACAGUCCAAAAUUUGCAACAACCAAUUUCAUUCUCCUUUGAAAAUGUAACAUUAACUCUACCAAAUAUAGAAAAAUUGAAUAUUUCAUGUGUUUACUUGGAUGAAAAUUCAAAAGAAUGGAAAUCAGAUGGAUUGGAAACUGAAAUUCAAAAUCAAAUCAUUACUCAGCAACUUGCCGAUGGAAAUGUCACCGUAACAUUGUCAAUCAAAUGUAACACAAAUCAUUUGACAUCCUUUUCAGUAAUUGACCAAAAUUACAAAAAAGCAACAAGUCAACCAAACAAGGAAGAUGCAGCCAUUCUACAAGAUAAUACUGUAUUGAUUGCUGCCAUUGUUGGUAGUGUUGGUGGAUUGUGUGUCAUUGGUACAAUUAUUGCUUUAAUUGUUGUCGUUUGCAUUUUUGUUAAAAGAAAGAACAAGAAAUAA